AUGCUAAAACCACGAGACGCCAGCAAUGGCGUGCCGCCCAUCACAGACCCAUGGCCGGUCAAAGACAUCGUCUACGUCGCCAUCGUGGGAGGCGUUAUGCUGGCCGCGCUCCUCGAGUGGAUCCUCUGGUUACUGGCCUUCAUCUACUGCCUGGUGAAAGUCUUCCAAAAAGCCGAUGGGGAAAGCAAAUGGACGAUCCGAAUCCUCUGCGUUCUCAACAUGGUCUUCUUCGUCGGCAUGCGGUUGAUCUUCCUGCCGAUCAUGAUGGUCACUCUGCCUCUACCUUCGCAAGUGGUGCAGUACUUUCCCGAGGAAAUGGUCAGUGUGCUGCAGUGGUUCGCUUUCUGGUCUUUUGCGGGACUGUUGACGAUUCCCUGGUUGUUCUGCAUAUACCAGCUUGUCACGCACAAUGUGGGGAGGGAACGCAAGAUCAAGACUGUGCUGGACGAGAACUCUGCGCCGAAAGUGGUUAUCAUCAUGCCUUGCUACAAUGAGGAGCCGGAGAUUCUCCUACGGACCGUGGACUCGAUGGUGGACUGCGACUACCCUCCCUCCUGCCUGCACAUAUUCCUCUCCUUUGAUGGCGACAAGGAGAACGAGCUGUACCUCAACACCCUCGACAAGCUCGGAGUGCCGCUCACAUUGGAGUCCUACCCGAAGAGUAUCGACGUUACUUACCGCAGCUGUCGUGUCACGGUGUCCCGCUUCCCGCAUGGAGGGAAGAGGAGCUGUCAGAAGAGGACGUACAAGCUCAUUGACAAAGUCUAUGCGGAGUACCUUCGGCGGAACGACAAUCUUUUCCUGCUUUUCAUCGAUUCGGACUGCAUUCUGGACAAGGUCUGCAUUCAGAAUUUCGUGUACGAGAUGGAGCUCAAGCCGGGAAGCAAGAAGAAUAUGCUGGCGAUGACUGGUGUGAUUACUUCCACUUCGGUGAAGAAUACUCUGAUCACGAUACUUCAGGACAUGGAAUACAUCCACGGCCAACUCUUCGAGCGCUCCGUCGAAUCCGGCUGCGGCGCUGUCACUUGUCUCCCAGGAGCCCUGACCAUCCUCCGCUUCUCAGCCUUUCGCAAAAUGGCCAAAUUCUACUUCGCAGACAAAGCCGAGCAAUGCGACGACCUCUUCGACUACGGCAAAUGUCACCUCGGAGAAGAUCGAUGGCUCACACACUUAUUCAUGAUCGGCGCCCAAGAGCGCUACCAAAUCCAGAUGAACACCGGGGCAUUUUGCAAAACCGAAGCAGUCCAAUCCUUCAAAAGCCUUCUCAAACAACGUCGCCGCUGGUUUCUAGGCUUCAUAACGAACGAAGUCUGCAUGCUAACCGACCCCCGCCUCUGGACCCGCUACCCUCUCCUCCUCCUCAUCCGCCUCGGCCAAAACACAAUCCGCACCACCGGCCUGCUCUUCUUCAUCAUGGUCAUCUCCAUCCUCUCCACUUCGCAGAAAAUCGCCAACCUCCCCAUCGGCUUCAUCGCCGUCUCCCUCGGCCUCAAUUGGGUGCUUAUGCUGUACUUCGGAUACCGUCUUGGCCGGUACAAAAUUAUGCUGUACCCGCUCAUGUUCGUCGUGAACCCUUUCCUCAAUUGGAUAUACAUGGUUUAUGGCAUUUUCACCGCCGGGCAGAGGACGUGGGGAGGACCGAGGGCGGAUGCGGGAGGGGUCGAUGAGAAGAUGACGGCUGCGGAGGUGGUUGCGCACGCUGAAGCCACAGGGAACGAUCUCAAUGUGGUGCCGGAGACGUUCACCCAUCGCACCGCCCAUACCACCGCGCCGCUCAUGCCGAGCUCGCACCUUGAAGGCCGCUUCGCAAAGCCGGAACAUUUACCUGGAGGUUACUACCGCCACACCAACGACUCCGGCGCUUUACACUCGGACAUGACGCCCCGCCAUCCCUUGGACAUCGAAUCUCGCCUCACGGGCCCUACUCGUCCCGCAGGAACUCGAGAAAGCAGCACCGACUCCUUUCUCUCCUCCACAAACUCCAUCCAUACCCCCCGCCGAGUCGAAUCGAUUUUCGCUCCCGACGAUGCACUGGCGUAUUUCGCACGACAAGCGGACCAAGCGCCGCCGGGGGGAGCGUACUUUGAGAAG